AUGUCCUUCUACGUCGCACCCAGCCAGCAGCGCACUCUUCGCGCCUGCAUGGUCUGUUCCCUCGUCCAACUGCACAGCAAAUUCAUGCGCGAAGGCUGCCCCAACUGCGAUAACGUCCUCGGCCUUCGUGGCAACAACGACGCCAUCCAAGAAUGCACCUCCCAAGUCUUUGAAGGAUUGGUCACCCUCCGUGACCCGAAUACCAGCUGGGUAGCUCGCUGGCAGCGACUCGACAGUUACGUGCCGGGAACGUACGCGGUCAAGGUGACUGGAUCGCUCCCUGACGAGAUCAUUUCGAGCCUGGAGGAUUCGGGUGUGAAAUACAUUCCUCGUGAUGGUAGCACUGGUGAAGAGGAGACUUGA